GCCGCCCCCUCCCCACUGGCCGCUCCCAGCAGCCCCUCCCCUGCCAGAUGCAUUAUUAAAACCACCUCGCAAUCUGCCUCGCGGGGAAGGUAACCAGAAGGGGGAAGGUGGCUGUGCAAAGGGGACUUUGUGUCUUUAAGGGGCUGUCAGAUCCCUCUUCCCCACGCCCCACGCCCCCCGGGGCGCCCCCUCCCCUCCGGCUUUCAAAGAGAGCUGCCAGCGCUUAAAAGGUUUGACACACAGAGGCGAGCGAGGCUGGACUGCUUCGCGGUUACACGAGACGAGCGCGCAGAACUCUCCUCGCUCGCUUUUCCCCCUUUGGUGACAGCCCUUUUGCCAGGAGAUCUUUUGUUGCCUCCGCAGCCAAUCAAGGCUUUUUACGACACAGUUCAGUUGGGAUAUAAAAGGAGAGUCCUUUUUUCCCCCCUCUCCCCCCCACGCCGGCCUUUCCUUUCCCCCAACCAGCAAGUCACCCACCAUCUCCAACCCAAAGAACUUCUAGCCAUCAGAAGAGCAGCAGCAGCAGCAGCAGCACCAACAACCCCCAGCAGCUGCAGCUCGCCAUCCAUCCCCAUCCCCCCUCCACGGCCAAAGCAGGGCGAUUUUUUUUUGUUUGCAAGAGAAAGGACCGGGGUUUGGUGCGGGCGGGGGGCGGGAGGGUGCACAGCGCAGCUCGCCCACCAUGCGGGUGCCCAAGUCUCGUGUGCUCUUCUGCUGCCUGGUGCUGUCCUUGGAGUUCUGCACGGGGGAGCCGGAGAAAGCGCCCACGGAGGGAGUCCCCCUGGUGACAGAGGCAGAGGACCAGGGCUGCCCGGUGUGUCUGUGGCGGAAGCACAGCAAGGAGAUGAGGCUGGAGAGCAUCAAGUCGCAGAUCCUCAGCAAGCUGAGGCUCAAAGAGGCGCCCAACAUCACCCGAGAGGUGGUCAACCAGUUGUUGCCCAAAGCGCCUCCGUUGCAGCAGAUCUUGGACUUGCACGACUUCCAGGGGGACUCCUUCCAGCACGACGACUAUCUGGAGGAAGACGAGUACCAUGCCACCACCGAGACUGUCAUCAGCAUGGCACAAGAAACGGACCCUGUGGUACAGAUUGAAGGCAACCCGCACUGCUGUUUCUUCAACUUCAGCCCCAAGAUCAUGUUCACCAAGGUAGUAAAGGCACAGCUGUGGGUGUACCUGCGGCCUGUUCAGCAUACCUCCACGGUCUACCUACAGAUCCUGCGUCUCAAACCAGUGACGGAGGAUGGGAGCCGCCAUAUUCGUAUCCGCUCACUCAAGAUUGACCUGAAUUCCCGCAUUGGCCACUGGCAGAGCAUUGACUUCAAGCAUGUACUGCAGAACUGGUUCAAGCAGCCUCAGAACAACUGGGGUAUCGAGAUCAACGCUUUUGAUCCCAAUGGCAAUGACCUGGCCGUCACCUCUCUUGGGCCUGGUGCUGAAGGCCUGCACCCUUUCAUGGAGCUACGCGUGCUGGAGAACAACAAACGGUCCCGGAGGAACCUGGGACUGGACUGUGAUGAGCACUCAACUGAGUCCCGUUGCUGCCGCUACCCACUGACUGUUGAUUUUGAGGCCUUCGGCUGGGAUUGGAUUAUCGCCCCCAAGCGGUACAAAGCCAACUAUUGUUCAGGCCAGUGCGAGUAUAUGUUCAUGCAGAAAUAUCCUCAUACCCAUCUGGUGCAGCAGGCCAAUCCCCGGGGCUCAGCAGGGCCUUGCUGCACACCCACCAAGAUGUCCCCCAUCAACAUGCUGUACUUCAAUGACAAACAGCAGAUAAUCUAUGGCAAAAUCCCUGGCAUGGUUGUUGACAGGUGUGGAUGCUCUUAAACCUUCUGCCUGUCCUGUCACUCCUUUCUCAUGAUCCCCCUGGAUUCCUGCUUCGAUGAUGCAUCCUGACACUGAUGAAUCCAUUCCUGAUCAUUUUAAAACAUUUCCGAAGAGAAAAUAAUUGUGGGGAAAGAACAAGAUGGAUAGAAUUGUAAUGAAAAUCUCUGAAGUGACAUCAUGCACUGUGCAAUAAUCAAAACAGACGUCACGUUACUGGAGAGUGAAUGAGUUGGCUUGGAUCAAUACUUUCCUCGCUGAGGCAGAUCUGAAAUGACCUCUUCUCUUCCAAAACCCUUUGUUUGACCCAUCAUUGCUCAAGCUUUACUUUUACUGGUAUUGUUUUUCUUCCCAACCCCCCUUUCUCUCUCAGUUUGAGAGUAAAAUGAUUACAAAGUGGGAAAAGUUCAUCAGAAAGAGAGAGGCUCUUCAACCCGUUUACAAACAGUGAAAGCUUCCUAGAUUGUGAUUGUUAAGUUAAAUAAAAUGUUGUAUGGAGCUAUAGAGAUAAAGAGGGAAAAAGAGGUAAAUAUUUUGUAUUAAGAUGAAGAAAGACAGAGAAAGGGACCAGCCAGCUUGGGGAAUAUUUGGCAUUUUUGGGGGGUGGGUGGGAGGGUGAAUAUGAUGUGGGACUUUGAGGGUUGCUGAACCUGCCUGCCUUUUGUGAGACAGACUCCCUUAAAAGAUAGGAGACGCCGAAGAAACGGAAAAUAGAGUCCACUUGCAAUGUUCUUCUGUGAUGCAUAGUUCCAAGGUGAUGAAGUAGAAGUGUAGUCCGUAGACUUAGAUGGGUUUUGGAGGAGCUGUCCAAUCGGAGAAAAAAUCUAAUUCCAUCUGCCUUGGGUGUAAGUCCACCUCCUUAGCUUCAGUAUCCCUCAUGCAGACUGACACUAUCCACUUCAAAGUUGAUAUCCUUCAGUGUUGGUGUCCUUAGGAAACUGUAAACUCAACUCAUUGAAUUUGAAGUUGCUGUUAGCUUAACAUGUACUUAACCUAAGUUCAUCUUCGAAGUAGUGGAGAAAAGAUUAUUGUUCAUGUGAGGACAAAGGAUUUAUGUCCCCUUUUACUCCUCUGGCAUAAUUUGACUUAUACCACCGAGGGUUUUCACUUGCAGGGUAGGAGUCUGUCAAAGAUGCAGUAGAGGAGAAAUAUUUCAUUUAUUUAUUGAAUCAUUCUUUGCAUUGGAGCUUCCCUUUAAAGCAUAACCUUUGUCUAAUGUUUCAGUGAUGAAGGCCCCCCCCCCCACUUCAUGUAUAUAUAGGACUAAUGGUUUUCUUUGCUGACUGAACUAGACACACAAAUAUGCUUUGGCUACUUGCAAGAAUUGUUUCUAAUGGCUAGAGCAGGAAUGGGGAGCAUGUGUCCCUCCAAGAUGAUGUUGGGCCACCACUCCUAUCAUCCUUGACAAUUGGUCAUGUCAGCUGAGGUUGAUAGGAUGUGAAGUCUAAUAGCAUCUUAAGGACCGCAAGUUCCCAAUCUCUGGGAAAAAUGGCUUGUUGAUGCUAGGCAGUUCUUAAUAACACAGCAGUCUUUGAAUGGUCGCAUGAGUGAGUUGCUGUGUCUGGCCCCUUUUCACCCUUCACUGUUGUAUCAAUGCUCUUUUUAUUUUAAAAUGCACUUAUGUAGAUCCUUAACCUGUCUAUAGCCUUUCAUGAAACUACAGUGUGACCUUCCUUUCCCCUAAACAAGAAACACAGUGCAAUUCUGCUUCCUACUAUUUGAGGCAACAAAGCCCAAGAUAACAUAGGGAAAUUAUACAUUAACUCAUAAAAAGAGAUGCAAUGGUCUCCAAUUAUUUUUAUGCCACAGAAUGUAUUUAAUCCAGAGUUGGUGUUACUUUUUUUCAAUAGUAUGUUGAAACUCAGAUGGGAGAUAAUUGCUCUUCAGAUGAUGAAACACUGGCCAAACAAUGGCCAUUUAGCAAAUGCCAUAUUUGAGCUUGAUUUCUAGGUUUAGAAACUGGCAUAGAAGGGUCAGAUAGAAUGCCUGCUGGAGCCUCUACACUGAUGUCCCCAGACAGAUGUAAGUUACCUGAUAAUGCCAAAUUGGUUGUAGAUAUUGUCACUGGCCUCCUUCUAGUCGACAGCCUUGGGAAGAUGUUGGGUUAUAAUGGAUUUCAUAUCCAUGGCUUACGAUUCUUAGAAUCAAAGGAGGAUAUAAAAGUUUAAAUAGGAGCAGCUCUUAGGGGAGUAUAAGGUCUUGGUAAUUGUGGUGUUACCUAUAAUGGCUCUAAAUGUGGAGUCAAGGUAUUGAUUCCAGUGUGGAUUUUCAGUCCAAGUGACUAAUGCUGCACAGCAAUCUGGAACCAAAAGAGCAGCCCAUUAGUUAGUGGUUCACAUCCUAUGUGAAUUAGAAAUCGUUGCUGUUUGAGUGUCACCACAAUUCAACCAUUCCCUGUAAAUUUUCCAUCUGUGAUGGGACAAAAGUUUGAAUCUAGUCUGUUGGGGGGGGACUCACUUGUUCAAUUAAGCAGCCAAAUUAUAGACUGAAGGAGCCAUUGAAAUAUUGUUCUCAAAAGCUGAAGCACUUAGGCAGAUGAAAUGGCAUAUAUAGUGAACUCUGCUUCUUGCAGAAGUAUUUCUGGAUUCAAAUAGGGAAAAUGUUAGUUGUAGGAAAGCUCUUAUAGUGAAUAGGUGGCCCAGGUUAUUUAUGGCAUUUGGAAAGUAGACUUAUUUGUGAGAUCAAAGUAUGAAUUCUAUUCUAUUCAUGCAAGAGUUUGCUUCUGCAGGCUGUUCAUAAUUUCUCCAAUAAAUCUGAGGUGCAGAAUUUGCAGUUGCUUAAUGAAGGAAGGGGAAAGAGCAAAUGAGAAUUCUCUCUCUGAAGAAGACAAUGCCUUAUUGCGCCAAACUGGAACAGUCAGGCUCAGACUACUCAUACCAUUGUGGCGUCUUUACUUCCCUUCUGCUAUUUUCAUGACAGUAUGAAAUCAGAAUCCCUGUUUCUCCAGAGUUCAGCUGUUCCUGCUGCUUUACGGCUUGUUUCUCCACUUCUCUGCUUGGGCUGUCUAGCGAGCUGCUGUGUGGCAUGAUGCAACCCUUCAGAAAUUUCUGUCAUGGGUCUGGAACCUGGGUGUGGGGGUGAUGGACUGGAGGGGAGUCUGUAGCAGACCCUGGAGCCAAGUGUUUGUUCAAAUUUUUUAGCAAGACUCUUUUGAGCCAACCAUCAACUUGUUUGCCAGAAUUACAGCUGUUCUGUUGCAUGAAAGCAGCUAAACUAUGUCACUCGACUUCUCCUGAAGUUGCUUUUUCACAGAUAUACCGAUUAUGGAUGUGAUGGAUAAAGAAUCAGAUUAGACCACCAGGAACUAAUUCACCCUACAGAUUACCACCUUUCCAAAUCUAGCACUUAUUGUAUUAAAGAAGCUGUGUACAUCACCACCCAGUUAAAUUCUUGUAUGGACAAAUUUUGGUCCUUUUGUAGGUCGAUACAUACUCUGGAAUCUUUGCCUUCCUGAUCUGAAGUUACAGGGUACCAGAAUGUUGGGCAAACUUUGAAUGAAGGCUUGGAUGAAGGUACAUAGGAUGAGAUGCUGUGGAAAAUCUUAACUCCCUACCCUGCCUCUACCCUGUUGCUAGGGAGUUCAAUGCUGCCCUAGCUAAGCAAAAUCUUAGCACUUCUCAUGGGUUUAAACCCUAAAAUCCAAAAAAAGGGAACAGUCCCUUGCUCAAGGUUGCACAGAGAUCAGCUCUUUUUUUUGCGCUACACUGCCCCCUCUAGCACUUAUAGACUGAAGCGCUUCACUCUUUUUCAAAGCACUCAUACUUACCUUUUCAUAUGCUAAGUUACAGUAACUUAUUAACCACAUUGUGCAAAUGAACUAGCUAGCUUAAGUAUAUACAGGACAGCAGCAGCUCUGCAGAUGGAAGCCCAUGACUGGAUUUAAGCCAGGAAUCCUUCGUUCCUCAAUGGUUUGGGGUCACCUGGAUUCUUUCAGGUGACUCCAAAGCAUUUAAGUUCUCAAUAUGCUGUAUUUGUUACCUUAAUUUCCUUUUUCUGCAGCUUGUAUUUUGGGUGGAUCGUUAGAUUAAAAAAAACAGAAACUAAAUUAUAGUUUCCUUCAUAGUGUGCCACCAAGCAUCACAAAAGAGAAUAUCAGAAAUAUGAAGGGCAUAUCUUGCUAGUUUCAUAUUAAGUAAAAUAUAUUUAGAAUAAAAAGCUGAGGGAAGGGAAGUGUACUUACUACUGAUAUAUGAUACACACAUGUAUAACACUGGCUUUGAUAAAGAACUAUGGGUUUGAGAAACUCGGUAUUACUUUUUGAAUAGACCCGACUAUAUGACUCCUGCCUAUAUGGCUAUAUGACUAUAUGGCUAUAUGACUAUAUGGCGCAGGGAGCGGUAAGGGUAAACAACCGGAAGAGCGAGCCCCGUCGAUGCAAACCAACUUGAGCUCCUCCAGGUAUUCCCGAAGAGGUCGUGGCAUGGCCCUAGCCCUGCCCCAGGCUUUGGACAAGAUCUACACCCCCAGAUUCCUUUAACGGAAUACCCUUAAGCUUGAAGGGGCAGGUGAUGGCCACACCUCCCCCCAAUCAUAAGGUCUCCCAAUGCCAAACCACAAAAACCUUACAAAGUUGUGACGAUUGCUACGAGGUAGGCAAAAACCAAAUGGACCAUGCCAAUUUGCCAAGUGGAAAAAUUCCUACCAGGCCCCUCAACGGCGACCAACCGAAGUCCAUAGCAAGGCCCGUUAAGAAAAUCUGCAAGUAGGCAGGGAGGGUGGGAGAUUGAGGAAGCGAGCCGAGAGAAAGCUCUCCGGCUCACUCCUCCACUUAAAUGGGUCCCGGCCAUGCCCGCCCAGCCAGUGGAUUGGCUGGCUGGUCGUUGACGUGGCCGGGAUCCUCCGCGCAACGCGGGGCUUCAUCACCCGCCCCGGAGGAGAGUGGGUAGCCACGUGGCCACCUGCAACUCCUCCCCACGGUUAAGUGGAGCAGAUCUAUUCAUACUUAGAAAGCAAAGGGGGUCUUGAACUGGUCUUACAGUGUACAGGAGGCAAUUCUAGCUAGUAUUCUGUUGCAACUCUUGUUUACCAGCCCCUUGCCUCUCUGCUUAUGGAAGUAUAAAAAGAAGUAGAACAUGAGUUCGAAUUCAGUUGCAGUGGCCACAUCACUGGUUUUAUGUCAUGCAUAAAACAGAGUUAUGUGUUCUGUUACUGUUUUAGAAGGAAUUGUGGUUGGAAGCUGAAAAGAGGGAAGUGUAUAGGAGUGAGAUUUCAGGUUAGCAGUUCAUACUCUCAGACCGUUAUAUCUGGCACUAUUCUAUAAAAACAGAGUAGGAAGAUAGUUCUGCAGUUUGUUUGAAAAUCAAUAAGCAGGCUUGAGUUUUGUUUCCGGGACUGAAAUAAGAAUGUUUGAAUUGAAAAAGGAAUUUGACAAUAACAUGCAGAUGACUGUUAAUCUGUGAUAGGAAAAGCACAAAUCAAGGUGAUAAUCCUCAUUGCUGUGGCAUAUUACCUCACUCAGCUAUCUAAUAUCUAGCAGAUAUUAUUACACAAAAUCUCCAUUCAGAGAGGACCAUCGCAACAAAUGCUCCGCAAAAAUGCUCCUUCCUAGAACCCAGUUUGAAAUCUGCCAAGACCAGUCAGGGUUUAUUUUGCUGUUAUGUUAUCAGAUAUUUAAUUUUAAUCUUGCUUUAAGAAGUUGUUCUUAGUUGAACUGCUAUGGCACAGGGCCACAUACUUUGCACUACACAACUCUUCCCUGUUGCGAGACGCAGAGGGGGGAAGUGUACGACAAAACAAUUUUUCAUUAAAUAUAAUUUCCUGUUGGUGGCUUUGCUCAGCUGUAGGGGGUGGAGGGAUAUAUACACAUCAUUGUGGAAAACUGAGAUGAUCAUGGUCAAAUUGGAUCCCUAGGAGUUGGGCUUCUUCCAAUGGGACAUCUCCAAAUGUCUAUUUUUGAAUGCAGUGUAGUUUUCCAAAA